UUAAAGAGUUUGCUAACUGAAACUUAGUAAAGAAUCAACAAAAUUGAAAAAGAACUAUAUGAGAAACCAUAGACUAGGCGUGAGCUUCAAACGAACAUGUUUUCUCCAUAUUUAAAUGCAAUAACGCAAGAAAUUUAGAAAUGCAAACUAUUUUCUUCUUCAAUUAUUUUUAAUAUAACUCAAAAAUAAUACACUAUUUAGAGCUCUUUGGAAAUUAGCUCUUGUUUUUGAGUUUUUGAACUUUGAACUUUUUUUCUAUGUAAGAAUACAGUUAUAUCUUAGUGAAAGCAAAAGCAAAUUUCAAUUAUUUUUUUGUAAAUUUUGAAAUAAAUUUCAGAGCGGAUUAAUUCUUUUAUUAUCAUCCGUAAACACUCUAUAUAUAAUUAUACAAUUUAUAUCAUUUCAACCUUUGUAAAAUUGUUUUUAAUGUUUGUAGUUACAAAUGAGUAAUUAUCAAAAUAAUGCCCAGUAAAGUUUAUUCUUGAAACAUACUCUUUUCAAUUGUACUAAUUACAUGAAUAUUUCUUAAUAAAUUUAUAACUAUAAUCACUUGUUUUGAUUCUGCAACCUCUUGCAGCUACUUGUCUAUGUAAUAUGUUUAAAUUAGUCAAAGCUUUUAAAAUGAAAACUGACUAAACAUAAAAUUGGUAACUAAAAUUAAAAUAGUUUUUCUCUAUGUGUCCUAACUUGCUGAAAAUAUACGGAUCCAAACCUAAACAGAUUUUCAAAAUUGGAACACCUAUAUGUAUAUAUAACCAAGUGGUCUUUUAAGAUUGGAUCUGAGUUUUAAAUUAUUGUAAAUUUGGUCAAAAGUAAUAAAAAAUAGUAAACAAAAAGAAAUGUAUAAUGAACACGAGGCUUACGUACAUAUACAUAGCAAUAAAAUAACCUUUACAAUGAAAUCAAAUUUAAAAAAGACAAAUGGAAUAAAAACACGGAGAGGGGUUUCUUAUGUACUCCGUCUCCAACGCUCCUCUCCACCAUUUUCUCUUCUUACAAGCUUCCCCUGAGACGACUUUUCCCUGAUUUACCCAAACAUAUCCGCUUUGUGCUUCAUCCUCUGAGUGGUUCUUAGUGUUUUCAAAAUACAAGAUGAGUAAAGUUAACAGUGAGGAAUCUUCUAGUAACCAAAGGUUAUUGAAGGAGGUAGAGACGAUCGGUGAAGCUCUGUAUGUCAACAAGAAUAAUCCUAGGAAGAGCUCAGCAUCUGGUCCUUAUAACAACACUUCAACAAAGCCCUUGGGUCGUACCACCCACUUAGCUGAGCCUCAGAAGGAAAAGAAGUCUUUUUGGAACUGGCCUCUCAGAGCUCUUUCUCAUGUCCGAAACCGACGGUUCAACUGUUGUUUCUUUGCUCAAGUACAUUCCAUAGAAGGCUUACCGCCGAUAUUCCAGGAUCUUUACCUCACUGUUCACUGGAAACGUCGUGAUGAGUCUUUAACCACUCGUCCUGCAAAAGUUUUGAACGGAAGAGCUGAGUUUAAGGACAAGCUGACGCAUACGUGCUCGGUUUACGGAAGCAGAAGCGGACAGCAUCACUCGGCUAAGUAUGAAGCGAAGCAUUUCUUGCUGUAUGCGUCUCUGGUUGGGUCUCCUGAGGUUGAUCUGGGGAAACAUCGGAUGGAUCUUACGAGAUUGCUUCCUCUAACGCUAGAGGAGUUGCAGGAUGAGAAGAGCACUGGGAAGUGGUCGACGACGUUUCAGUUGAGUGGGAAGGGUAGUGGUGCUACUCUGAGCAUGAGUUUUGGGUACACUGUUGUUGGGGAUACUCGCAGUGCUUCAAAUGCAAAGCAAACUAGCAAUAAUAUCACAGGGUUGACGAGGACUACUAGUACAAAGUCUGUAUCUCGGCGUUAUGAUCAUGGUAUUGUUAACAAAGAGUCUCGUCCUCUGUCUGAGAAUGUGGAGGAGAUCAAAGAUCUUCAUGAAGUUCUUCCCGUUGCACAAUCUGACUUGGCCAGUUCUGUGAACAUUCUGUAUCAAAAAUUUGAUGAGGAGAAGGUGGAUCCUGCAGCUGAGUCUCAGAUCGAAUUUGAGGUUGUCAUUAAACACAUUGAACCUGUUGAGUCAUUUCUUCAAGAAAAUGAAGAUGCAAAUGGAACUGAGGUUCCUUUAGAGGAUGUUAAGAAGGUUGACGAAGUUCCUACUGCUGGAAGUGAGGAAGUUUUUACAGAAAACUUGCCUCCAGGAGAGCCUUUGGUAAACAGGAAUGAGACUGAUGUUUCUUUUGAAGAAUCAAAGAUAGUUGGUGAAGUUCCUAUUACUAGAAGUGAGGAAGUUGUUGAGAUUGGUACAGAAAGUUUGUCUCCAGAGGAGGGUAGCAAUGUUUCUAUAAAGGAAGAGAACAAUGGGAGAGACGUGAGAGAAAUGAUAAUGAAAGAUCUUGAAUCAGCUUUGAAAAGUGUAGAAAUGUUGGAAGCAUUCGGUGAAGAUGAGGAAGAUCAAGAAGACCGUGGAGGCUCAGAAACAUCCUUUAGAACACCAAAUAAGGAAACAGCAGCAGCAUCAAGUUCGAGAGAUGUGGCAAGCGAGUUCUUAGACAUGCUAGGUAUUGAACACAGCCCUUUUAGUUUGAGUUUUGAGAGGGAACCUGAGUCCCCAAGGGAGCGCCUGUUAAGAGAGUUUGAAAUGGAAACUCUAGCAGCCGGUUCUUUGUUUGAUUUUGGUACCGUAUCUGUUGAUCCACAAAUGGAAUGUGAUGAAGACUUCUCAGAAGAGAAUGAAUCAGAAGCUUUCGAUCUAGCAUCUCUCGUUCAUGAUAUAGAGGAAGAGUACCAGUUAGAAACUCAAGCAAGAGUCAGCAACCCCAGGGCCAAAACGUUAGAAGACUUGGAAACAGCAUCACUGAUGCGUGAGUGGGGUAUGAAUGAAAACACUUUUCAGAACUCUCCGCCUCACAAUGGUCGUAAUACGUUUCCUCCGGCGCAGGAGCCAUUUGAUUUGCCUCCUCUAGGAGAUGGCCUUGGUCCUGUUGUGCAGACAAAGAACGGAGGGUUCUUGCGUUCAAUGAAUCCCUCACUGUUCAGAAACUCUAAAUCCGGAGGGAACUUGAUUAUGCAAGUGUCAAGUCCAGUGGUGGUGCCUGCUGAGAUGGGCUCUGGUAUCAUGGAGAUACUUGAGAAACUAGCCACUGCUGGAAUUGAGAAGCUCUCAAUGCAGGCAAAUAAAGUAAUGCCUUUGGAUGACAUAACAGGGAAAACUAUGGAAGAGUUGUUGUGGGAAGCUUCACCUGCAAUUGACGGUGGUAACAGGGAUCAUAUCUCACAGCAUGGAUCUGGUUUUGGGAGUGGAGCAUCAUCUGCAGCUAAUUCAAAAAAGUUUGGUUCAAGCUCUAGCAACAAAAACUCUGGCUCGGAGUAUGUAUCACUUGAAGAUCUUGCUCCUUUGGCUAUGGACCAGAUUGAAGCACUUUCAUUAGAAGGAUUGAGAAUACAAUCAGGAAUGUCAGAGGAGGAUGCACCCUCUGAAAUAACUGCACAGUCAAUCGGAGAGAUCUCAGCCUUCCAAGGAAAAAGCGGGUGCGUUGGUCUAGAAGGAGCUGCUGGUUUACAACUUCUUGACAUAAAGGAUGACAGAGAUGAGGAUGAUGAUGGGUUAAUGAGUCUCUCAUUGACUCUUGAUGAGUGGAUGAAGCUGGAUUCAGGUGACAUUGGAGACGAAGAUGAAAUAAAUGAGCAAACGUCGAAAAUCUUGGCUGCACAUCAUGCAAACCCACUGAACUUUAUCCGGAAAGGGGAGAAAAGAAAGGGGAAGAGAGGAAGGAGAUGUGGUUUACUUGGGAAUAACUUCACAGUAGCACUAAUGGUUCAACUCCGAGAUCCCUUAAGAAACUAUGAGCCAGUUGGAGCUCCCAUGCUUUCUCUUAUCCAGGUUGAGAGAUUGUUUGUUCCUCCAAAGCCCAUAAUCUAUAGUACAGUUUCAGAGGUGAGGAAAACCGAUGAAGAGGAAAAGGAAACUGAGGUGGUCAAAGAGGAUAAAACCGUUUUGGAGGAACAAGGAAUCCCUCAGUAUAAAAUCUCAGAGGUGCAUGUUACUGGUAUGAAGAGUGAGACUGAUAAAAAGCCAUGUGGAGUCAAGAGUCAGCAUCAGCAGGUGCAGUCUGGUUCAAGGUGGUUGAUGGCUAACGGAAUGGGGAAAGGGAACAACAAGCUUCCUCUUAUGAAACCAAAACCGGGUUCUAUAAAGUCUGGUGAUAAGUUGUGGAGUGUGUCUGGUUCUGGUUCUAAAUGGAAAGAGCUUGGGAAAGUGGGGAAGUGGAACACACACGUGCGGAAUCCGAAUGUGAUCAUGCCAAAAUGAAACAAGAACUACUGUCUGGUUUCUGUUUUUUUUUUUAUGCUAUGUAAAGGUAAUGUUAUGUGGUGUGGUGUGCCUAGAUUCAUUUCAGUGUUGCACCUGUGUUUAUUUAUGUGUGUGUUAGUUUAGGUUUUGCGGAUCAAACUAAUCACUGUUUUGUGGUACAGUUAAGAGAUCAAUGGAACGAACAAGAGCCUUUGAACUUGGUGCAGUGCUUAUUAUAUGAUAGUUGCGAGGCAUCUUAGACGUGUCUGCAAUGCAAUGCUUAUUACUUAAUUAAAAUUUAAGCCUUAGAGACAAUGAAAAUGAAACACUUAGAACAAUUACACGCAAUAAAAUGCUAAACGAACUUGAAUAAAAAGCGCAUAAACACACACACAAAACUUAGAAAAAAAACGAAAGAUAAGCUUAAUCAGUUCCUCCAAGCACAC